AUGAGUGAUUGCCCAAGUGCCCUAUCAAAUGUGCUUUCAGUUAAGCCAUGCUAUAAGUUGGGGGUGUUGUUUCCUAAGCUUCCCUUGGAAGAUUUGAACACCAAGCACCUGCGUAGAAUUCAACCAAGUCUCGUAGCGUUUGAACAGAUGGCAUCGAUCACUGCCCCCAACUCUCUCCAAAUUAGAUUGGCUUUCGCUCACUUCAAUACCACCAAAUUAAACCCAGUUCUUUUCCACACGCGCCUCCCCCACGUUGAUCGUCCUCGUCGCGUUUGCCUUUCCUGCGUUGCAAAUCACGGAAACGGAUCGGACUCUGCUUCCGUUCGGGUCGGGUCGGAUGGCUUGUCAGAUUCGGAGAUUAAGAAGAACGACUCGUAUGGAGGAGUUGUCGGAGUGGCUGGUAUUGUUCUUCUUUCAGGGAUUGUUUUUGCGUCCUUCCUUGUAAGCAGGCGAAACUGUGCCAGACAAGUGAAUCCCCUGGCUACACAUCAGGAAGUGCUUUUGUCUUCUGAUGAUUGUAAUGACAAAAUAGAACAUGCAAAUACUGACAACAAGGUGGAGCAAGGAAAUAUUAUUGUGGAAUGUCGGAUAAACAUAUUCGGGGAUUGUUCAUCUUCUGAGUCUGAUAAGUACACUGAUGCCACUACAUACAUAUCCAUUCAAAAAGAAGUGCAGCAUGGAUCAGUUGUUCCCAGUGAGGGCACAGUGGCACUUAAUGAUCCUGAAUCUGAAAAUUCUAUUGAUUCUUCAGAUAGUUAUAGCUUUAGAGAUUUGGAUAGCAGUGUUUUUUUGGAUACAGAAAUCUCUAUUACUGAACUCAAGGAGAACUCAUCCUUUGUUGAACAAGGAAACAUAUCCAACUUUGAUGCAGAACCCCUACCUGUUAUAAGUGAGCAGCGCGAUGCAAUUACUGGUUCAAGUGGCAAUGAAAGUUCUGCUAUUUCAAAUACUUCAAGUUUUGAGACUGAUAAGGAAAGUGUACUUGUCAAUAUUGCAUUCAGUACUCAAUCAAAUGAAAAAACUUCAGAUCCUGAGGUUUUUCCUGAAGAGGAUGAUUCAUCAGUUUCAACCAACGAAAAUCUCGAUCUGAACAACAUGCUACAGGUCAUAGACAAGUCAUCCUUGGAGGAGUGGAACUUGUCAGAAAAUGAGAUAUAUGAAUCUCCAAAUUCUGCACCCUUUUACUCUACUCCUGGUAUUCCUGCUUCAUCAGUAGUUUCUGCCGCCGUACAGAUGCUUCCUGGAAAGAUUUUAGUUCCUGCAGCUGUCGAUCAAGGUCAGGGACAAGCAUUAACUUCUUUGCAAGCUCUAAAGGAUCUUGUUAGUUGGAAAAUGGUCCUUGAGAAAAGACAGCUUCCAGAAACAGAUGGAAAGAUGCUGUACCAACUUUCUGGUUUUAUAGAUGCCGAUAAGAUUCACUCUGUUGCACUCCCUGCACUUGUUGCUGAUGUAUCUACUGGGGCGCAGGGAAUAACAGCUCUUGCAUUUGUGACAAAGGCCCAAGCAGCUGUAGCACUUGCUACUGGAGAUGUUUUUGACUUAAUUAAUGAAGAGCUUGCGCGCAUUGAGGUAGAAUCUAUGGCUGAUAAUGCUGUUGUUUCUCAUAGUGCUUUAGUAGCUCAAGUUGAGAAGGAUAUCAAUGCAAGUUCUGAACAGAAGUUUUCCGUAGAGAGGGAAAAGAUCAAUGUUGUUGAAAGAAUGAGGCAAGCUGAACGAGCUGCUAUUGAAUCAGAAAGGAACGUUUUUUCUAAGUUAAAGCAUGAAGUGGAAGAUCAUCUACAAAACCUUAUUAGUGACAAGGUUGAAAUAGCUUAUGAAAAAGAGAAGAUUAGUAAGCUUCGGGAGUUAACAGAAAAUGAAAAGAAGGAGAUUACACGAUUACAAUAUGAGCUAGAGGUUGAACGGAAAGCUUUGCCAAUUGCCACUGCAUGUGCAGUGGCUUUGGAGAGGGCUAGAGAUCAUUGGGGGAGGAAUGGAAUCAAAGUAGUUGAUGAUGACUUCCGUGAGGACUCUGCAGGGGAGCAGUUCUCGGUUCAAGAAGUUGUUGACCGAGGUGACAGUUUACUGGACAAGCUAAAAAAAAUGGCAGCAGGUAUUGAGAGAAUGGGCGUGUGCAAAACUGGAAAACAAGCAGAAGAAUUGAGAGAAACUGCGAUCUCAAAGGUAGGCAAGUCGGUUCACAAGGUGCAGCAAAGAGACUUGGAAUUUGGAUUUACUAUCAAAGAAGGGGCAGAGCGAAAUGCAGGUGGUUGUAGAGAAGGAUUUGAGAAGCUCACUCAAAAGUUAAAGACUUGA